AUGGAUGAAGGACCUUCAAAAGCAACCAUCUACCACUGGUGUAGCGAGUUCAAAUGCGGUCGUCUUACUUUGGGGGAUGAACAAAGGAGUGGUCGUCCUACGACGGCUGUCACCGAAGAAAGUGUGCUGGCAGUCAAAAAAUUGGAGGAUAGUUUCCCGCUGGGUGCCGCACAACCUCACCGAAGCUCAGAAGCAGGCCCGUGUGGAUUGGUGCAGUGAUAUGAUACAAAAAUUUGAUGCAGGUUCGUCACGGCGCGUUUACGAUAUUGUGACAGGUCACGAAUGCUAGAUUUAUCAAUACGAUCCAGAAACAAAGCGUCAGUCGACGCUCAAAGGGAUACAGUUUUCAUCGCCGGGAGAAGCGCUAGCAGUGCUUGAGAAGGCCGUGGAAGAGGUGUCUGCGGAGGACUGGAAAAAAUGUUUUGAAAAUUGGUUCAGACGCAUGAAAGUUUGUAUAGAGGCUGAUGGAGAGUUCUAUGAAAAGAUUAAUUUUUUUUUCACAAAAGAAUGUAUUAAACUCCCAGUUUAUAAGUUCAGUUUUGACUCAGGUCAGUUGUUCCUCGGCGAUUUAUCCAAUAUUUUUAAAACAAUGAAUGAAAAAAAUAUAUUGGUGAUAUGUUUGAUAAUGGUUGUGUCCAGAUGCACUGCUAAUUCAAUUUUUCAGGUGUCGAAAUGUGCUGCGGACGACAAAAAAUGUUUAAAGAAAUCUGCCCAAGCGAUGAUCCCUAUAAUCGCAGACGGUAUACCAGAAUUCGAGAUGCAGCAGUUAGACCCAUUGGUUUUGAAAGAGGACGUCGAUGCUAGCAAGCCGCAAUUAAGCUUAAAAGUUAAGAAUAUGGUGGUCACCGGUCUAAAAGGAUGCAUAGCUAAGAAGAUUGAGCGAGAUUUGGUGAAUUCCAAAAUGCACACUCAGCUAUUUUGCAAUGUACGCGCUGAGGGUCAAUACGAAAUGCAUGGACAACUCCUUAUCCUGCCAAUUGAGGGGGAAGGGAACGCUCAGGUCCAACUAAAUAAAAUUCUAAUUGACGUGGAGACCGACAUGAAUGACCGCGUGGGCCGGGAGGGCAAGAAGCACUGGCAUGUCAAAGGAUCAAGAUUCACGUUUGACCUGAAGGACAAGGCCUAUGUGAAGUUUGAGAAUCUGUUUAAUGGCAACGAUGUUUUGGCUCGCGUCGCUAACGACAUCAUCACGAACAACUCCAACGACAUCGUCACAGAGGUUGGCCCACCCAUCAUCAAAGCGAUCGUUGACAAGAUCAUCGCAAACGUCAACCGGUUCUUCAAGGCCAUGCCUGCUGAAGAGAUCUCUUUAGACUGAUUCUAUUUCUUUACUUUGGAGUGAAAGCCAAUACCACAUGAAUAAAAACGCGUAUGUAAAGGUCAAUUCCCACCGGAAUGGCAGCGGCCGGCAGUGACGCGGCGAGCACAUUCUCAUUGAAAGCGAUUUGGUUUUUAAUUAAAGUUUAUUUACGCACUUAAAAGAUCAGUAUCGCUUGAAAAGGUUCCACGGUGUCGCGAGCGGGGAACCGCGUAGACUGCGCGGGCGAUACUAGUCUUUUAGUUGUGAAGAUAAUCUUUAAAAUUAUUUCACAUCGCUUUUAACGAGACAGUACUUCCCGCGUCGCUGCCGGCCGAUACCAUUCUGGUAUGAAUCGGCCCUAAAUGAGCACUGUCGCUUGCCGAAUAGAAACGUUUUCUCUGUGUACACUACACUCGCCAGUGCUCACUCACACACGCGCAAUUGUUAGCUUUGUCUUUGUGCCUUCUUUAGUCAUGUACUGAUACAAUGUCAUGUUGUUAUUUUUCUCGAGAUAGACUGGUAUAGUACCUAACAUCUACGUGCCUUUAUGUCUACUUGUUUUUUCUCAGUACAAGAGGGUUGAUAUGACGUCAUCGAGUUUAGGUAUCCUCUGUACCCAAACUCGAUGAAAUCAUAUCAGCCCAAAAAACAACUAGACUUAAAGGUACGGACAUGUUAGGUAGAUACUAUACCAGACUAUUUCAACGCCUGCACUCUUGACUUUGGAUAUAUGUAUUGUGCUCGUCAGUGUCGUCUAUCUUACUCUAACUUCCAUAGUUUUACAUAGUAUAGAGGAGGAUACGACACGAUGAAAUUCACGUAAUUUAAUGUCAAUUUUAAGGGGACGUUCUUUGAAAUACGUCUAACUGCCUUGAAUCCUAUGCAGAUAAUUGUACUUGUAACCAAAAACCAAACAUAUGAAUACGUGAAGAACAAUAAAUAUUGUAAUUUGUACCUAAAAAUAAAAUCAGUAAAAGAAAAAUAACAAAUAUUUACCUGCAAUAUCAAUUUCUGUAUGUAUAACACUCUAAUGAAUAAGUAUAAAUAUGAAUUGAUCGACGUCAACAAAACUAUAAUAUGUGCAACACUAGAUGACACAUUUUCAAGAAGAUGUUACAACGAUCACUAGAAAUAUUGCGUAUAUAACUGCCCUUUUGUUAUACUAAUGCUUAAUAAAAGGUUAAGUGAAGGAGUGCAUGGUGGAAACUGAGUGAAAUAGCGCUUUAUCAAGAUCAAGAUAUAAUUGUGAAUAAUGAAAAUUUUUUAAAAACAAUAAAAAUAACUUUUAUAGCUUUCUAUAGGAGAAGAGUAAAUUGUUUUAUGUGUUAGUAACGAAAGUCGGGAUUUGUUUUAUUAUAGGUAGCGGCAAAUUUAUUGAGCAAAACAACAGACAAAUAAACUUGCGAAGUAGAAGUUCUUGUCUUUAGCCGAUGUUCAAGAAGUUUGCCGGGGUGUAUACUAAAUUUAUUAACUAGAGUGAGAGACAAGACUUUUUAACUAGAGCCGUUUAAAAACUAAUAAAUAUACCUAUGACUUAAUUGAUAUUCUUGCAUUUUGUUUAGAAACUAACCCAAUCGUUAUGAAAAUAUUCAAGUCAGCAUGAAGUAACUAACAUUUUAUAAGCUAACGUUUUGUAUCAUAAGGAUAUGAUGACAUACCUACCUACAUUACUGGAAGAGUUGUAAUCAUCUUCACCCUACUACCCUACUGCUGGACCGCUUCCCUAUUGGCAGAAUCAGAUGGAGAAAUAGUGUCACAACCCACGUCAUGGGCUCAUUGGAUUGUUGGUGACUACCGACUAUAGAUGCAGUAGGGGACUACGUUUUAACGAGCCUUCUGGAUCUCAGAGUAGAUUAAGAUAACAAAUUCUUACCGUCGUAAUACAAAAUUCAAUAUUAUAAUAUAAAUCUACUACAGGAGUUCUUGUACUGAGAAGAACCGGCAAGAAACUCAGCAAGGGCUGUUUUCUCUCCCUGUAUUAUAUACAGAGUCGUCAAAUUGAAAAAUUACUUCAAUAUGAGAUAACUCACUAAGUCACUUUCCGUUACAAAUGUAAAUAAUAUAAAAACUAUGACUAUAAUUUAUGAACAAGUCAAAUUAAUUACUUCUGCUCAAGUAGUUACUUGAGAAAUAUUUUCAUUACAUUCUUAACAAAGUAAGAACCAUUUUUGUUGCCAGGUAACCAGUUAUUUUAUUGAAGAAUUCUAGUGUCAAGAAAUGACUUGGUAACUUAGCAACAAAGUAAUUAUUUAGCAGCAAGUAAUCACUUGUUUAUAAAUACGAGUGAGUCACUCAUCUGAGAACUAGCCAAUACGCAUCUAGUUCUCAAUCGUGCUCCUCGUUUGCGAAUUUUAACGCGCCAAACUAGGAUAAAACAAUCCUGAUUCAAACAAAAAUAAGUACGCAGUUUUUGUCUUGAGAGAUUAAUGUACUCAUUACAAGUGUGUGUAUGUGUGUUUUAAUAUGAGACAAAUCUUAUAGAAUAUAAAUAUGCACCUAUGCAGAUGUAGCAUUAUAUAUUCUAUUUGCAUAAACGUGACGCAUUUACAGAAUUCAAAGUUUCUAAGAAACUGACAACAAUCAUUAGAUUAGAUUGAGACAAAAAAUACACUGGUUUUCCGCUAGUAAUCAGCUGUGGUCCAGUUGUGCACAUCCAGGGAUUUGGAUCGAUUAUACACAAAAAAUCAUUCGAAUCGACCUAGCAGCUUAGGAGGAGUUCCUACGACCUACAAUAAUAGUAAAUUGUAAAAGUAAAUCUGUCUGUCUUUUACUUUAUAAUUAAAUUGGAAUUGUCUCUUACAAGUUCUUUAGGUAUUUUUAUAUUUGGCAAUAAGUUACCAUGUCGUUUUCGCGCUUUAGUAACUAGGUAACACCGAAAAUGUUUAGAAAAUGAAAAACGGCUUAAUGUAGAAAGUUGCCAAAACUUUUAUUGUAUUUCGAAGUAAUCUCCGUUCCUCUCUACACAUUCUCGCAUUCGAUGGAACCACUGAGAAAAGCAGUGGGCCCAUUCUUCCUUAGGGGUCUCUUCUAUGGCACUUUCGUACGCUUUCACCGCAUCUUCAGGGCUCGUUACGCGAAUACCUCGAAUUUUAUCUUUAGUUCUUGGGAAUAAAUGAAAGUCGCAGGUAGUCAGGUCAGGACUAGACACGUUGUUGCAGGGCAGAUACAUUCUAAUUUUAUUGAUUCUCUUUGUUUAACGAAUUUCAUAAUUACUAACUAAAUUGAACUCUACGUAUCAUGUAUCACAUAAAUGACAUUCAGUAACGUUGCUGGUGUAUACAAUCGUACAUCGCCAAUAACAAAUCGAAAAAUAAAAUGGGCUUCCUUACAAAUUGUGUCCAACGUCGGGUGGAGUUAAACGAAGCAACGACGUAGAGAGUAUCGCGAGCAUUUGGACUCAAUUUGUGAGCUAGAAUGCCCAAUUCAUUUACUAGUUACACUCAAACUAAAUACGGCCUUUAAAUGUUUUAUUAUUUAUUUCACCUAUGACGAGGAAAGUAUAGUAAAGUAGUAUAGUAUUUAUAUCAAUGAUGCAAACGAAAUCAAUCAAAUCAUCAUGGGUGACCAUUAUUUUGUACCAAUUUAAAUCAGUAUAACGGUGGUGAAUGAAGACUUAAUUUUUAAUUUAAAACAAUACGAGCUAUAUUCAAAGAUAUUUUAAUAAUCACCUGUCUGAUAUUAAUAACAGUGUACAUAUAAUAACGAUUUUAAUCCCAAAGAGAUUCUUAUAUUGAAACCCGUUUUUCUGUAUAAAUAGCAUAAAAAGCCCUCAAAUUGACCUUUAAUACGAGCUUUGUAAAUAGCGCGUUAAUUACAUUUUUUUCACUUUUUUGUAAAAACUUGCUACCUAUUUUUCUCAGGUUCUAUUUAUAGACUGUGCGACAUGCAAAACAUAAGCCCUCUUUUUAAUAACCUGAGGGCCAAUCUUUUAUUCUCUUAUAAAACUUAACGUCUGAAUACUAUUUCAUUACCAAAUCAAAUUUAAUAUCAGCCGCAGCACCAAAAAUUAAUUAAUACUAAAAACAAGUAAACGAAACAUUUCAUUUGGGCGAUAUCGACGAGUUCGAUAAUGCAAGUGGUUAUCGUUGCAAGUUAGUUAAGCAACUGUCGCAGCGGUCGGUCAUUGGGUGGAUGACCAAAAAUGUACAAUCUCGAGCUCCUCCGUGCUUCGGAAAGUACGUUAAGCCGUUGGUCCUGGCUGCAUCUGCAUUCGUUAGCACCCAUCACUCCGCACUCUGCCCGUGUGGUGGGUCAUGGCCCAAUCUCCCUAUUCCAUCUAUAGAAAGGCCUGUGCCUCCGCAGUGGAGGCAUGAAUGAUGAUGAUAUCAGAUUUGCUUGAUAGUGAUUUUUCAAUUCAGGAAUUGAAGACAACUGUGAAAAACUGUCGAACAUGGCGUACGUACUUGUAAAGUCGUGUUAAAUAGGAAGGAAAUGGUUCCAAUUAAGUUUUGAGAAAUUCUCUAUGCAUAUUUGUUGCCAUGUGAUUAUUAUUAAGAAGUCCCCUAAUGACUUAAACACCGGAGAAUGCAAUCAUAAAUUUUAUUAUCCGUUCGUAAAACUGUCGUCGAUGACAAGACGCCGCGUUGGCAUCACAAUAAACCGUAAAAAGAACUAUUAUUUGAAAUCUUCACACGGAGGCGUGAGAUAUAAAAAUGUCAACACAUUGUAUUUGGAGCAUGUGGUGACUUAAUUUAGAGAUUUGAGAGUGCUGUCAUUACAAUCAGUGCAGUAAUAAUAUGUUAAAAUGUGUUUUUCUUUUGUGAAAAUGAUUGGUAAUAAAUGGUCACAAUAAAUAUAUUAUCGUAAAUAAAAA